GGCGGAUACGGAGCUGCUCAGGUUGGCAGAAGCAGCAUACCGAGGAGCUCCGACCCGCUCCUUUGUAACAGAGAGGCGGCAGCAGCGAGAGCAGCAGCGGAGGAGCACUGUGCCGCACCCUUUCUACACCUCCCGGGACUCACAGAGCGCGGAUCACUGCGCACAGGUAACAACCGCUCAAACUACCGGAAGCAAGGCGAAAGUGCCCCGCACAGGUGACGGAGACUGCUCACCGAGUUUGAGUUUGUGGGACUAAAAGGGAAAACGCUGGAGUGGAUCCUCAAUAGAAACAGAAAAAAAAAAAAACAACAUUUGCUUUUUAUUUUUUACUGCUUGUGUUGCAUUUUAUUUCCUCUCUGCGCUCAGAGGGCGUCGGGAUUGUGACCUCAGGUACGACAGCACAUUGUUUUCUCAACUCGACGAGGACUCCGAGCUUGAUAUUCUGGAUAAUCGAGUUCACACACACGGGGAAAGAUUGGAGACGUGACCCCGGUGUCCCAGUCAGCUCAGACUUCAACCUGGAUCCCUCCCCUCCUCACCUGUCCAGCUGAUGGCAUGCCGAUCUCCAGCCCACCAGACAGGGCGAGUCUGAAUGGCGCCCUAGUCCUCCCCCUCUGCUUCCUGUCUGCACCUCGGCUCUCGUCUCCCUCCUCCUCCUCCUCCUCCUCCUCCUCCACCUCCUCAACUCUUCUCUGAUCGCACAUCCGCCACAUAUCUCAACAUGGAUACGGUGACCGAGGACAAAGAGGGAUGCUACUUCAACCGUUCUGUCAAAUUUUUCUAUGAGGAGAGCGGCAAGAACAUCAGCGACCACUGGCGCAAACGUGACUAUGUGAUCGUCACGCUGGGCAUGACGGUCUGCUUCAUUGUCAUCUUUUCCAACCUUUUGGUCAUAGGGGCCAUUUUAAAAAACCGACGCUUUCACUUUCCUAUCUACUACCUGUUGGGUAACCUGGCGUUGGCAGACCUCUUCUCAGGUAUCUCCUACCUCCACUUGAUGUUUCACACCGGUCCUUGGACCAUUAAGCUGUCCAAGCACCAGUGGUUUGUGCGGCAGGGGCUGAUCGACACCAGUCUGACAGCCUCCGUCCUCAACCUCCUGGCCGUGGCGGUGGAACGCCACCAGACCAUCUUCAACAUGCAGCUGCACAGCAAGAUGAGCACCCGGCGGGUGUUCAUCAUCAUGCUGUUCAUCUGGCUGGUGGCGAUAGUCAUGGGCCUGGUUCCCACCAUGGGCUGGCACUGUCUCUGUGACCUGCCGAACUGCUCCACCAUGGCCCCGAUGUACAGCCGCAGCUACUUGGUGUUCUGGGGCCUUCUCAAUCUGCUGACCUUCUCCAUCAUGGUGGCCGUCUACACCCGGAUAUUUGUCUACGUGAGGCACAAGAGCAAGCAGAUGUCGCAGCACACCUCCCAGAUGAGAUACAAGGAGACGGUGCUCAACCUGAUGAAGACCGUCUCCAUGAUCCUGGGCUGUUUUGUGGUCUGCUGGACGCCCGGCCUGGUCGUGCUGCUGCUCGACGGUCUGGGCUGUGAAAGGUGUAAGGUGCUACGCUACGAGAAGUACUGCCUGGUGCUGGCCGAGUGCAACUCCUUCGUCAACCCCAUCAUCUAUUCCUUCAGGGACAAAGACAUGAGAAGGACCUUCAAGGACAUCCUGUGCUGCCUGUUCCAGCGCAGCAGCAACCACCAGGGCAACUCUGGAGCUCACUUUAACACCCUGGAGCACGAGAACUAUAAGUCUCGUACUGCUGAGCCAGUAGAGAAGAGCAACGGGACGCCUCUCAUCCACGAAGGCUCAGAAGACUUACCUGCCUCUUCAGAAAACUGGAAUUAACUUGAGCAACGAUAAACUUUCAACAGACACAGAAGAAGAGCAUGCACACACUUGACAGUGAAAUGUACAGAUCUGUGUAUGGACACAUAAACAAGCCUCAAGGCCUGUUUCUCCUCAGCAGGCGGACUGUUGUGGCAGGAUCAAAAACUGUUGAUUUUUGAUGAACAUCUAGUAUCAGUUGGCCGAUGAUGUUGCACGAAUCUUCUAAUUUAAACGGACGCAAGUGGCUCAUUUGUACUCGGCAGACAUAGAGAGGAAAACUCCACAUCGCUGGGCCAUUUACACAACGUGGGGGAUGCUGACAUUUCCUGUUUGGACAUAAACAACCUGCCAAUUUUUUCCCCCUAACGCAGCACAGACGGCUGCUGAACAACUGGAGCAUGUUGGCAGUGAAAGGAAAAAAUUACUGAAAGUGUGUGGACUGUUAAAUAGCAGAAAUAUGUGCCCUUUGGAGUGCCACAGUUGGCUUAGUGUGUGUGUGUGUGUGUGUGUGUGUGUGUGUGUGUGUGUGUGUGUGUGUGUGUGUGUGUGUGUGUGUGUGUGUGUACUCAUUUGCCAGUUUAUUAGACACACAGGUUAUAAUGUUCAGCUCUUGUUGUAACUGCUUUAGAGAGAUGUUUAUUCAACUGUAUGAUCAUUUUAGAGGCUGCAUUAUACAGAAAGCUGUUUCCGUUAUUUAGCCUCCCCUCUGAUAUAAAUGGGUUGGACAAAAUAAUGGAAACACCUGUCAGUAAAAUAGAAUAAAUGAAUUGCAGCCCUCCAAAAUGAUCUUACAGGUGAAUCAGCACCUAUGUAGAACAGUUUAAACACAAACUGACUUUUAGGGAGGAUUUAUUACAGGACUGCUUUAGUUAUAGGUCGGUGUACCUAAUAAACUGACAACGGGGUGUGUAUAGAAUCACUUGAAAUCUGAUGCCAGGGUUCAUGUGCUCAUAAGACACUGCACAGAUGCCACUGAACCUCAUGGAGGAGACCCAGUGCCACUCUUCUCCAUACUUUCAUAAAUUUGUUAGUCGUUAAUAAAUCAUUGUGUAGUGCUUUAUUAAUUACUCAUAGGCUGUUCUUAGGAGCAACAUUUGGGUUGCCAGGUUGUGAAAAACUUGCUCAGUGUUGUAACAAGCUCUUAAAUUCAUGAAGGAAUAACUUCUUAUGGCAGUUUGGACAUUUGUAAAGCUUCAAAGCCUCCAGACCAAAAUCCAUUUAUGAAGAACUUAAUAUUUACUGUUGCUGCUUUUUCCUCAAACGUAUCGUCCAAUGACCUUUUUAAGCCCUAUUCAGCCAUUUUCUUGGCCUCCUGGUUGCAGUCAGUCAAUAUGCCUUCAGGCCCGAGUUAUGUCAGGUGCAUGUGCCUCAUCAUACCUUUUGCAAGUUUUUUUUUUUUUAAUUGCCCGCCACCAAUUAAGUUUAUCAGUAGUGCCAUGAAUGUUAGUUAGUUUGAUCAUUAAAAUACUGAAGACCUCAUGGAUCAUUUACUACAAAUGUAAUGUCAACUUUGUUGGUGUUCUAUUAAGUUUUAAACUCGUGACCAUCACUUCAAUUAAAGAACUAACUACAAAGAUUAAAAUAGAGCAGAUUAUUCUGAAAGACGAUAAACACCAACCAACGUCACAACCUAAUAGUAAUGGCUUAUUACUGGUCUAAAAGCAUUAUUAAAUCAUUUAUUAACGUUAUCCUUAAUUAGAAUUCAUAACGCUGUUUUAAAGUGCAUCUUGUAAAGGCUCAAGUAUUUCUCUUUAAAGCCCCCUCCCCUAUUUACUUGUUGAUCAUUUAGAAUCAUCAUCUUUGGUUUAUGAUUCUGGUUAAAUUGUCACAAAAUUUUAAAUGUAGGAUAUUUGAAGUUUUUUACCCCAAAAUAGACAUUUACCCCUUCACACAACUGAAGGGAGGAACCUCUGCUGUGGUUAAGAAUCAUCAUAUACAGUUUUUUUGUUUUUAUUUUUAUAGAUUGUAUGCUUUAAACUGCUCCUUCCUCCAGGUUUUAUUUUGUAAAAUGUAAUUAUUUUUUGUCACUAUACGCUGCUAACACUGUGGUGUUCGCGUCAUGUAAAUUGUCUAUAUGCUGGAAUGAAAUUAUUUGCCUUCGUAAAUUGUUGGUGAUACAAAACUUUAUUUAUGAUCACAUUAUGGUAAUAGAUAUUAUGUACAGUAUUUAGUGCACUUAAGCAGAUUUGUCAUCAGAGGCAACUUAAAAUACACCAUAAAGGGAAAUAAAGCUAGGCAUUUUUCAUUAGGAUUAUACCCAGAAGUGUAAAAAUUUUAAAUGGCUUUUUGUUAAGCAUGACGGGGCAAACAGGAGAAGUGUGACAAGUGAUGUGAAGCUUUAUGGUAAAUGUAUUGCAGCUAAUUAAUGUUACAACUGUGUAACUGACAUCAAGGUGUUUCAGUUUCCCGUGUCUCAUUUUCAGCCAUGAUCACCUGACAAUGACACUGACUGUGACAUUAAAAACUAAGAAAGCAUGAAA